AUGCAAGGCUCCGUGCUGUUCCUUUUACUCGGCGUCCUCGGCGUUGCAAGUGCCGCUACAUUCAAGGACUGCGGAAGCACUGCCAAAGACCUAAACAUCAAAAUCGCAGGAUGCCCCGACGCUGACCCCGUCUGUCGCUUUCCAUCGCGCCAGAACGCCUCUAUAGAAGCGACCUUUACCACUCCGAGCCCUUUUCAAAACGCAACAAUAAAGCUAUCUGCCUCGGUAGGUAUUAUCGACAUCGAUUUUCCACUGAAGCCUGCCGAGGCAUGCGGCCACUGGGGACUGAAAUGCCCGGCGGAAGCUGGGUCGCGGCAGACAUUGAAAGUCGAAGUCCCUGUAGAGAGUUCCUACCCCAAGAUCGGAGUUGAAGUAAAACUGCAGUUGGUUUCUCACAAGGGAGACAAGUUAAUUUGCAAGUUGUUUCCGGUGGAGAUUCAGUGA